CUUGUUUUUUUUUUUUUUUUUUUUUUUUUUAAAAUAAAGCUUUAAGCCAAGCUUCUAAAAGAAAAGUGUUUUUAGUGAGUUGAAAAAACGUUUUUUCAUAAGCUAAAAAAAUAAUUUUUCGUUAAACAUCUUUUCAAAAAGUACUUUUGAGAAGUGAUUUUAAAAUUUAUUAGACAAACAUAAACUGUUUCUUACCCAAAAAAACUUUUCAAAAUAAGGUGAUUUUAAAAAGUUGGUACACCAUGCUAUUAGUCUAUGACCUGUCUUUCUAUUUACCUAUAUAUUACCAACAAGAUACAAAGUGGCCUAACAAAAAGGCCUAGCUUUUUAAUUGAGCAAAAAUAGUUUCCUGUGUUUGAGAAGAUGAGUAGUAUUACUAGUAGUUGUUAUUCUAGUUUGAUACUGAAGAAGAAAGAAUCAAGAAUCAAUGGAGGAUUUAAUUUACAGUAUAAUGAACCUAAAGCUAUUGAAACUGUACAAAUGCCAGCAAGCUCUGUUGCUUAUAAGCCAAAAGCUGUAAAAUGUGGAAGAGUCAGGGCCAUGGCCUCUCCGGCUGUCUCAGCUCCUAAGAGAGCUACAGACCCGAAAAAAAGGAUUGUCAUAACUGGAAUGGGCCUUGUUUCAGUCUUUGGAAGUGAUAUCGAUAAAUUUUACAACAAACUUCUCGAGGGACAGAGUGGAAUCACUUUAAUAGACAGAUUUGAUGCCUCAAGUUACGCAGUUAGGUUCGCGGGACAGAUUCGUGAUUUCUCCUCUGAAGGCUACAUAGACGGAAAGAAUGAUCGUCAUUUAGAUGACUGCUGGAAGUACUGUCUUGUUGCUGGAAAAAGGGCCCUCGAAGAUGCUAACCUUGGCCAACAAGUUCUUGAUACUAUGGAUAAAACGAGGAUCGGUGUCUUGGUUGGGUCCGGCAUGGGGGGUUCAAAAGUUUUCACCGAUGCGGUGGAAGCCUUGGUGCAAAGGGGAUACAAGAAAAUCAGUCCAUUUUUCGUGCCUUACACAAUCACUAACAUGGGAUCAGCAUUGUUGGCUAUAAACACUGGACUAAUGGGACCUUGUUACUCUAUUUCAACGGCUUGUGCAACUGCCAAUUACUGCUUUUAUGCAGCUGCAAAUCACAUUAGAAGGGGCGAAGCUGAUAUUAUGGUAGCAGGUGGAACGGAAGCUUUUAUUUCGGCUAUUGGUGUUGGUGGUUUCAUAGCUUGUCGAGCCUUGUCUCAAAGAAAUGAUGAAUAUGAAAAGGCUUCAAGGCCAUGGGACAAGAAUCGUGAUGGAUUUGUCAUCGGUGAAGGCUCCGGAGUCCUGGUGAUGGAAAGUUUGGAGCAUGCCUUGAAAAGAGGUUCUCCUAUCAUAGCGGAAUACUUGGGAGGUGCUGUCACGUGUGAUGCUCAUCACAUGACCGAUCCUCGUGCUGAUGGACUUGGAGUCUCGUCUUGCAUGGUUAAGAGUUUGGUAGAUGCGGGAGUUUCCCCAGAAGAGGUGAACUAUAUAAAUGCUCAUGCAACAUCUACUCUUGCUGGAGAUUUGGCUGAGGUCAAUGCCAUCAAGAAGGUCUUCAAGGAUACCUCGGAAAUCAAAAUGAACGGGACAAAGUCGAUGAUUGGUCAUGGGCUCGGGGCUGCUGGUGGACUUGAAGCCAUUGCAACAAUCAAGGCGAUCACAACAGGAUGGCUUCAUCCAACCAUCAAUCAACAUGACUUAGAACCUCAGGUUACAAUUGACACCGUUCCAAAUGUGAAGAAGCAACAUGAAGUGAACGUCGGUAUCUCCAACUCGUUCGGAUUCGGAGGGCAUAACUCAGUGGUUGUUUUUGCACCCUACAAACCUUGAACAAAAGCUCAUAAUUUCUUGAAGAUACAGCAUUUAUAAUGUUGCCCCUUUUCUCAAGUUUUAUAGGUUCUUUCUCCCCACCCCACCCUAGUUUUCCUACCUACUCUACCACGUGACUCGAACCCUCAACCUAAAGGUCGAUGGUGGAGGAGCUCAACUAGUCGAGCAAGCCUCAUUUGUCUCAAUUUUUUAUAGUUUCAAAUCUUAUAGAUAUUGUUUUUCCACCACAGCAUGUGUCAGAUUGAUGAAAGGAAUUGUUACAGCUUGUGAAAAAUUAUAUCCUUAUCAAUAAAAUUCUCAAUUAUUAUCA